AUGAAGUUACCCUUUGCGCAAGCAGAGCUGCAGGCGGCAGGGCAGCAGGAGAAGCACAUCAAGCGCAUUGUCGACCAUGCCGCCACUGGAUUGCACGACAUCACGCGAACCGUAGUGAAGCGGUCCGAAACAUCCAGCAGCAGCAAGUCCUCGAGCACGUGCGACAAUGAGGGUGCAAACUGCCACACGCCGGCACAGACACAGAAUACCCAAAACACUGCCAUCAUUCUCGGUGUCGUUAUUCCUAUGGCAGUUGCAAUAGUCAUCCUCCUCGUGCUCCACCGACGACAUGUCAAGAAACAACGGCUAGAGGACAUCAACGACCCUCACAAGUCCUUGGACUUUGGCAUGGAAGGAAUCGCACCGGCGGCAUCGAAGCAAUCAAAAGGCCGAAAGAAGGGACCGGAAAUGAUUGUCACCGACCUUGGUGCUGCGUCGUCCAAGAGGAAGGAUAUGGGUUUGUCAAUGGACUUGUCAAUGCACAUAGACAGCCCGUAUGUGCUGCCUGCGGCCAUGAACGGCUCGCGUGAAUCCAUACACAGCAUGUCGCGCAGCAUGGUGGAUCCGCACGAUCCAUACCGACCGGUGACGCUUAUGCGACCCUCAACCGACAACGACUCGAUGCGCUUCAACAACCGCCUGGGCGACAACGGCUCCGUCUACUCCAUGUCGACAGGUCACCACUCCAACCUCCGAGAGAACGUCAGCCUCGUCGCGAAUGCCCGACCAAUGUCACAGUCUUUCGACAAGCGUGCAGACUCCAUGUCGCCUCACGAAUCUAUGUCCACAGGUGAAUUUCCGCCUCGACAAAUGCACAGCUCCAUGAAUCGAAAUGGUCAGCAUAGUCGCAAGCCAAGUCUGGACAAGCCAAUGCCGGAGAUCAACGAGAAGGAGAUCUUGUACUCGCCUCCAUCUGUGCCAGAGCCAGUCGCAAGAGAGCUCCCUUCGCCGCCACGAUUAUCAAUAAACAGCAAUCUUGCCCCACCAAGAGGAGACUACAUGACAGCGCCGCCGAUCGACAGCCGUCCAGAAUCAAGCAACUACGGCGAUGACUUUCCACCUGCUCCGACACACCCGACAAUCAUGAUUCCAGAGCCGUACGAGAUUGAUAUGGUUGCAGAACGGUAUUCCUUGGACGCCCCAGCUGCCUUGCCCGUAAGAGGUGCCAGCUUGCACCCAGCGCAACCCGUUCCAGCACAAAACCGGUUAUCAGUCAUGGGUCUUCGACCACUUCCACCCGAUGUUCCUGACGAGACGCCCGAGUUGCGUGCGAACAGAAUACGCUCGUUCUACAAGGAAUACUUUGAUGACAGCAAGCCGACGGCUGGCAAUGCUCCACAUGGCAACCCUGCUAUCGGUGUAACGCCAGAUGAGGUAUACGACGACUAUCUGGAUGGCGUAGUUUACGAUCCUCACAGCGGCGGGUUCUACGCUCCUGGAGCACGUCCUUUCGCUGAGACUCCAGUCCGCAGAGCGAUGACACCACCACCACGAGGUGCUCAGGGCAAGCCCCGUGUCAGUGGCGGCUCGCAAGGUGGCUACCCACACCAGAGGAAGUUCUCUGCUGCGUACUCGACAAUGUCCGGUGGUCGUCCAAGAGGCCGCUCAAUGCCAAAGAAGAAGCUGCCACCGCCAUCACCAUUGUCUAGCUUGCCUACACCGCACAAGCUGAGAAAAGAUGCGCAAAUCUUCAACCCGCUCGAUUUCGCUCCUCCGACUUCGAUUCGAGACCUGCAGAACGGCAGAAGGCCAGACUCGCCGCUCGGCACCCCAAGACCUUACAGUCCAAGCGUAAGAGCUUUCACGCCGCUGGCGUCGUCGUUCGAGAACCUCGCAGUCUUGCCAUCUCCCCACGAUCUACGCAAAUCAGGCACGUUCACCGCACUCGACUUCGCACCACCUUCGAAGAUCAGAGAUCCUAUGCUGUCGUCUGGCGAUGCCGGCAGCAUUCGCAGUAACCGCUCCGGCAUCUCAACGAUUCAACGGGACGCCGUUCGAGAAGGUGCAUACCGCGUGUCGAGAAUUCCCAAGGAGAUGGUCACGACAAGGGACGACCUCGCUUCGCAGCUCAAGCCAAAGAUGGACUUGACCUCUUACGCUUAG